GAAAGUCUGUCAGACUGUAAACUGGAGAGAAUCUUCCAGAGUUUCAGAGGCACUAAAUCCUCUUUUCAUAACAGUCUGUGAUCAGAACCAGUUUCCUGCUCAGAUAAAAUGCUUCCUGUUUAGGAUGAUACUGUGGUUAUUAGUGUGUCAACAUCGAGUGAGAGUCAUUUAAACGUCAGAAUAACUUCAUUCUGAGGACAGAGCCUGUUUGGUUUUUUGGUUGCUUUUUUUGUUGUUGUUGUUGUUGUUGUUGUUUUUGCGCGUUUGGAUUUCUGACUUUAAUGUUCCUGCUCCUCCGACAGACGGGGCUCAGAUGACAACACGCUGACUGCGUUUAUUUGUGAUCAGAAUAAUCCGUGAGUGUCCUGCAGGAUCAUCUGCAGAGGUCCUUCUGCAGGAGGCGGAUGAGCGGGCAUGGAGAUGUUGCGCCGCUCCUCUGUGUUUGCGGCUGAAGUGUUUGACCGAUCACCCACCGACAAGGAGCUGGUGUCCCAGGCCAAAGCUCUGUGCAGAGACUACAUCCACUCCAGGCUGAACCGGGCAGGGAUCGGCUGGUCUAAACCCGAGCACGGACUGGCUGCGUCAGGUGGGACUCUGGGAGAGGUCUCCUCUGUCCUGCUGUGGCUGGGUGAUGAGUUGGAAUAUCUUCGUCCCAACGUUUAUCGGAACGUCGCCCGACAGCUGAACAUCACAGUAGCUUCAGAGAGCAUUGUGUCUGAUGCCUUCCUGGCUGUUGCUGCAGACAUUUUCUCCACAGGUUGGUGUGACAUGGGGAAGGUGGUUUCCUUGUAUGCUGUGGCAGGAGCUCUGGCGGUGGACUGCGUUCGCCACGGUCAUCCUGCUAUGGUCCACACCAUUGUGGACUGCAUGGGGGAGUUUGUCCGCAAGAGUCUGACCUCCUGGUUAAAGAAGAGAGGAGGCUGGGCAGAUAUGACCAAAUGUGUGGUGAACACUGAUCCCAGUUUCCGUUCUCACUGGCUGGUGUCUGCUGUCUGUGCCUUUGGACACUACCUGAAGGCCGUCGUGUUGUACCUCCUCAGGGAGAAGUGACAGUCGCACACUGGACCCAGCAGACGGACCUGCACUGCACACCCCCACCACUGAAGCAUCCACUGCUUUGGAUUAUGUUUACACUCAUUUGCACUGAGCCUUCUUCCUUGAUGAACACCUGUUCAUUUCACAGACAACAAACUCUCCUCGCUUCUUUUUCUUCUAUUUAUUGUUUGAUGUGACCAUAUAAAAUCACAUUUUAAACAUUCAUUUACUGCAGAACUGCCCAUUUGCUGCCUGGCUGACAGUGAUUUGGCUUCCUCUAGUGGUAACUCAUGUACUGUACAUUUAAAGGUCCCAUAUUAAAAAUCUAUUUUUUGUGUGUUUUUUGUGUGUCUUUAAAACCUGGAGGUGUUUAAAAAAGUGAGUUUAUGAAAAUGCUUCCUGCUGCUGUUCCUCUCACCCCUCCUGCCUCAGUUUGAUGACCUCCCAGUUUUACAGUCCGGUUAGAAGGUUACUGAGGUAAUUGUAGAAACCAAAAGUCAUUGAGCUAAAAAUCUGCAUAAUCCUUCAAUUCCUGGCUGCUGCUUCCAGGUGAACCAUUCAUAAUGACCUGCCUCAGUCCACCACAGUGAUUUACUUCCUAGAGCUGCUUCUCCUGUCACGAGCAAAACACACCAAAUGUUCUGUUUCUGGCUGUACGAGUGAACACAAGAGUCUUCAUGCACUCCCAGCAUUUUACUAACAGAAGCCCCAGUGGAUUACUUUAAUUUUUGAUAGCAAUGUACCCACAACAAUAGGAAAAUCAUGAGUGUUAGCAUGUUGUGGUGCUAACGUAGCUAAAGUAGCCAUUAGCUUUGAUUGUAUGUCCACAGAUCAGAGCUUUGUGGAAACUUUGAGAGCAAUUUGAAACCAAUAACAAGGACUGAGAUGCUUUCAUGGUGCCUGCUGUGGUCCAGUGUAUAUGUGCUCACAUAUACUGUAUUCUGAAACAGCAGAAUUGUUCUCAGUUUUAUGUUCAAUGAAUGAAAUGCAGAUUAUUAAAACCAUACGUUAGCCAGCGGUCACUUCAGAGUCAAUUACAAUCUGCAUCACUAAAAUACUGACUUCAUAACCGUAACGUCAUCUGACAAAAUCGUCAUACAUGAGUUCAAAACUGCUGCUGUUCUGUUAAUAUUCCUUUGUAAAUGAUCAGACAGAGAGAAAGUUUGAAAUGAUAUAAAGUCCAGUUCUUACACAUUC